AACCCGAGCAGUCUGCUGGUGUACGCGCACUUCGAGGAGGCGCAGACCAACUUCCUGGCGCUGGACGCCACGAUCGACUUCGACGACAUCGUGGGCGCCAUCCAGACGGAGCAGACCCCCAAGGGCACGUGGAUCGAAGGCGCCGUGGUGCGCGACGCUGAUGGCGCGGGUCACAGCAGUCUCUUCCAGAUCAACCCUGGCGCGCGAUGGUACUACGAGUGGGAGAGCGCCGCCACCAAGGCGCAGCGCUUCACCAAGCACGCGCUGCGGGUCUACGUCUUCCAGCGCGUCCAGUCACAGCUGCGAGUCGUGGGACUCGUCUCGUCGUCCGAGUUCAUGGUCGUGUCCUACCGCCGAGCUCCCAGCGAGGUGCGAGCGGAGCGGGAGGCCCUGGAGGCUCUACGCGCGGCGGUAAGCGUCCAGCACAGCGUCACUGCGGAUCUCGACCCACACAGCAGCAACAUGGACAGCUCUGUGGCUAUCGAUCGCAUGCUACCAGCUCCCCGAGUGCAGCAGGUAUUAGCAGGCCGAGAGGAGGCGCUGUGGCAGGAUCGGAAGCUGUGGGAGUGCCGCCACCCGGGCAUCAUGACGUCCUCGAAGCAGCUCGCCAUUCUGUACUACUUCCUGCGCUAUCUGAAUGCGUCCUCCUUCCAACCGUUCUUGAAGCAGCUGAGCUUACUUUUCAGAGACCAAAUCGCAGGGUAUCUGGCAAAGUGUGGAGAGGGCAGGACGAUGCCACGAUCAGAGCCGCCACUUUCGUGGGCCUUUCUCGAGCCACUCGCUCGCGUUAACAGCGACCGAAGUAACAGCGACCGAGGCAGACUAGACGACGCAGCAGGAAGUGAAGAUGAAGGUGUUCCUCGACCCCUUCAACGCAUUGUGGAUAUCUGCGGUAACCUGGCAGGCUGGUUGGCGCUCGACAGUGCAAACCUGGAGCUGUACCAGCGAUUCCUUCGGUCGUACAGUGCAGCACUGCUGGACAAAAGUCGACUGCGAGCUGGGUACGUGGAAGCUGUCAAGUUGAUGUGCAAGCUGGUGGACCGCUUCAUAGGCUGGAGCGAAGACCUGUCAGCUUCUUCUUCGUCGUCGUCGAUGUCGCUGGCGCUCCUGUGCGAGGAGAUCACGUCGGUCGUGUUUAAGUACGACCACCUGAAGCCGCUGCGAUCUACCGUGAUGAGCGUUCUGUCCUCUAACACGAUGUUCGGCAUGCACGAGUUUGUGGCGCAGCUUCGAGCGCAGUUCCUCCUGCAGCAGUCCAUGCUAGCACCCGCUCGCAACAGCUUGGCAUGGAGGGAUGCGAGGUGCCUGCUGACGUUCAUGCGCGAGCUCGCGCGUAUCAGCAUCAGACCGGUGAAUGGGCAGUCGCUGGAGAUUUUAUCCGACUGGAACGUUUGUGGCUCUAAUGCUGGUAACCCGACGAGCGCGCCGAGCGGCAUGACGCUGCUGCUGGACAGUCGACAGCGAGUCUUCAGUCAUUUCCCGAGUGGUCUGUCCAGUUCCGUUCCUCUCGGUGCGCACAGCUACGGGGACUACCGGGGGGAACUCAUGUCACCAACCAGCUUUGUCGUAGAAAUGAGCUCGUGGCCACUCGACGGCACUACCACUCGCUCAGCUCUGCGGUGGAAGCUGCAGGUGGAUGUGGCAGCAGGCAAACAUGAUCGAGACAUCGCUGGCAGUUCGCGGUGUCUUGUCAUUAAGGCCUUCGUCGAGGAGGGACUCGGGAAGAUGGACAGCAGCAGCCAAGCACCGGACUUUGAAGCAAUGCCGUUCAGCUCUAAGCACGAUGCAGUGGAGGCGUGGUAUCCAACAUACGAAAUGAUCGGCAUGUAUGACGGCAUCGCAUAG